AUUCUUCGUGCCGGGCACCGUGUUCAUGAAAGUGGUGCUGAGCCUAGCGAACCUGCCAAUGUGUCGGCUGAUUUGGAAGUGCGUCGGACUCUUUCACUUACUAAUCUCUCCGAAUUCGAAGCAGCUGGUGACGCCGCCAGCAACACUAUCAAAUCUGCUGUCGAUCUCAGUCCUCAACCUCUAUCCCCUCAUUUAUUCUUGAGCCCUUCGGCAAAAUAUAGCCAAGGCACUCUUCGGAGUUCAGGAUCUCCAAAGUUUAUAACCGCUUUUCUCCCAAAUACAUCAUGCUGCGAUCAGAAGACUGCUGAUGCCUACCAUUAUUUUCCCCAUCUACCUUUCGCCUCAAAGCAACUUUACCCAAUUGGUCCUGUCAUAGCUGACGGUAACCGCACAAAAGCCUUCACUACGGGUGGCAUGCCCUACAUCGCCAAUGCUGUCCGCUUAGGCCAAUUUCUUUCCAGUAUUCCUGCUUCAACUGGACCCCGCGAUCCUAAGCCUGGCGAGAUCGUUGUCUACGCGCCGGGGGCGUUCGAUUUAUUCCGUAUCUUUUUUCUUUAA